AUGGUAAUUUAGAAAAGUAAUUUUUUGACUUUUCAAGCGGUUUUCAUAAUAUCUGGGAAAACCGGGAUAAAAUGUCGGAAAAACGGAAAAUGUAUGAAAUGUAAAUAUUAGUAAAAAAAUAUAGCCUUUUUUUUCCGUGUACAACUUUUCUACCAGCAAUUUCGCUCCGAUUUGAAAUGAUAGCAUAUUUUCGGAAAGAAAAUUUCACUGAGAGGUGCUUUAAAGAGCUCAUUUUUCGAUUUUCUCUAGAGGUUUCCCAACAUAUGUGAAAAACCGGGACAAAUGUAGGAAAACUGGGAAAAUCGUUACAACAUUAAACAAAUAUUAUUCAAGAAAAUAUAUAAUGCCUAUUUAAUUAUUUUACCAUAAUAUGACAUAUAUAUAUAUUGUUAACAAUGCAUCACUAUCAACUGAACUGCGCUCAGAAUUGUUUUUUCGUUCGCAAUGGUUUAUCGUUACUUAAAGAUAUACAAUAAAUGACCUAUAACAGUGGCUACAACUGUAUCCAUUAUCCUAGGACUUCUUUUUUUAACAUUCAAUCUGUAUUGUGAUUAGAAAUUCUUUUACCUAAUUAAAAGGUUAGACUAAACUUUUAACUAAAAUGAAUGAAGCAUACUAUUAUAUUAUAAUAUACCUAGCUUUUUUACUUUACACUUUUUGUAAUAAUAUGUUUAUUUAUUUUUAUAAAUAAUGUAAAUUUAAUUUUAGGAUUUAAUAGAUCUUAUUCCGGAUACAAUUCACAGUGAAAACUUUCUAUUAGAUGAACUGAAUCGGUUUGAAGAACAGCUAGUUAGUAAUUCAGUUAUUGUUAAUAAUGAUCAACAAAAACUGAAUCAGUUUGAAGAACAGCUAGUUAGUAAUUCAGUUUUUGUUAAUAAUGAUCAACAAGUUUUUGUUAAUAAUGAUCAACAAAAACUGAAUCAGUUUGAAGAACAGCUAGUUAGUAAUGCAGGUCUUGUUAAUAAUGAUCAACAAAAUCUGAAUCAGUUUGAAGAACAGCUAGUUAGUAAUGCAGGUCUUGUUAAUAAUGAUCAACAAAAACUGAAUCAGUUUGAAGAGCAGCAAAUUAAAAAUCCAUUUCUUUUUGAUGAUAAUCUACAAAUCGAAAAUGGAAUUGAAUUAUCUGACUAUAUGUUUCAAUUAGAAGAAACUAUGGCGAAAGUUAUGCAAAUAACUGACAAUGAAAAAAAAUCGCCCGAAACAAAAAUUAGUGAUAAUCAAUAUACCAUCUGUAGUAAAGAUCUGAAGUCUGCAAACAAGUUUGAAAAUCAUAUGCGUUAUGCAAAAGACCGUCCUUAUGGUUGUGGUAUAUGUGAAAAGUUCUUCAAGUCUAAAUCCAAUUUAAAUGAACAUUACCGGUCAGUUUUUACUAGUUAUCUAUAAUUAUAUUUUAUUAUUAUUAUUAUUAUUAACAACUGUUAGUGGGUGUUAUUAAUUAUGUACAAUGAAUAUGGGCAUCUUAAAUUAACUUGUUUAGAUGAAAUUGUUCUUUAUGUUAAAAGGAGGUCACCCUUUAAUUUGACUGAAAAACUUAUUUUUUGGUAAGAUAAAUGUACUCUUUCCAUAUUUAUUUUAUAGUAGAGUAACCUAAAUCGCCUAACAUAUUAAGAAGAUAUUUUCUAUUUUGUUUGUUAAAGUUAAAAUAUUAGAUAAUACUUUAUCACAAUUUACCAGGGCUUAUAACAAUAAUUUAUCAAAAAUGAUUAAAAUAGUUAGAAGAAUACUGUAAUAUAAAAUUAUCAUUAAACAAAAUGGUGGAACAAAAAACAAUUAUAUAUAUAAAAACCUAAAAAACACUUAAAAUAAUAAGCAAUAAUAAAAUUUUAUCAUCAAUUUUCGUAAUAUUAUUACUAUUAGGCACAUUUACGUUUUUUUAGUUUAUACUUUAAACACAAUUAUUAUUAUUGUAAUCAUUAUUGUAUGAUAUCUAAACAAACAUUACAACUUAAACAACAAAUAACCUUCAUUAAAAUAAAAUUUUUCAAGCAUAAUAUGUUAACAAGGUAAUUUCUAUAAUCUAGGUGGUAUGGUAACCUUAUAAUAAGGGAAUGUCAAUUGAUCUAUUAAGCCAGGUUAAAGCUGCAUUCUGGACCUCAUUGAAUGAUUUAUUGAAAGCAGGGGUAAUACUUAAUGAUGUGUUCCAUUGUCUGAGAUGAGUGAACACAAUCACAUGCAAGCAAGGGAGUCUUUCAUGCUCCAUUUGUGUAACAUUCUCCAUAUCCAUUUUGGGUGCUAAAGUGUAAAUCCAGAUACUUAGAAGCAUGGGUCCUUGAUCAAGUGAUAUCUAUCAGAGUUUGUAAUAUAUUAUAUUAGGGUAUUGUAUUAUCAAUAAAAUAUUAGCAUUCAAUAAUAUACUACAAGUAUAAUACAACAUAAUACAUAACUACUAAAAACCAAAGAUAAUUUUUAAUAUUACAUCCCCAAUCUAAUAUUAUGGUAUCUAGACACAUAGAUUAGAAAAAUAAAAAGUUAAUAGUUUAAUACUUAAUGUAUUAAUUUCUAAUAUUUUAAAAUUAAUUGUAAAAAUUAAUAGUGUUUAAUUUGUUAUAAAUGUAUAAAAGUCUUAAAAUGUUUUUAAAUAUAAUAUAAAAUAUUUUUUUAUAUUCAAGCCCUGGAAUUAGUUUAAAAUCAACAUAGCAAAAUUGCAUUGUAUAGAAUGUAAAUUGUGGCGCAUUUCUGUUAAAAUUAAAAGUUUAAUCACAAGUAAUGUAUAAUAUAAAAGAAAAAUAUUUCAUGGUACUAUUUGACUUUUUUCUAAAAGAAAAUUAUUAGACCUACAAAAAAGUUACAGCUAUCUAAAGAAAACAAAAGCUAACAGGGCUGUAACUUUUUUAUUUGAUAAUUUCUAGGAGAAAUUGAUGUAGUGUCCUCGAAAAUAUUUUCCUCUUUAAAUUUUGUCGCACCAAUUUCUAACUAAACACUAAACAAUUUACGUUUUAAAUAAUCUAAUUUUGAUCUGUAGACCAUUAUAAUUAGACAGCAUCAACUAAAAUAGUAUAUGCGGGUAUAGUGUUAUCAUAUCAUAAAUACAAUUAAAGUUUGUAAAAUUAAAUGUUUACUUUUGUAAACUUUUUAAAAACAUUUAAGUAAUGCUUCAGUAAUAAUACCAAUAUCAAUUAAUAUUAGAUUAUAUGUGCAUGGUAUUUAUGCAUUUUUAUAGAUAGCAGAAUAUUUUUCGGUUUUCUUUUUGUAUGUGAUACGCACAAAUUGUAUUCAUAGAUAAAUUUAUUACCUACUGUUAUUAAUAUUUGUUUUUUGUAGAGUUCAUAAUCCGGAUCUCCGUUGUAUAAAGACGUCAAGCAAGAACAUACCGUCUAUAACUCUAGUAACCGUCCCGUCAAAAGACGUAUUGACAUGCAAUCUUUGUUCUGAGGUAUUUAUGACGUUGGACAAAUUAUCUGCACACAAACGCAUUCACGACAAUCAAGAACUACAUCAGCAGCAAACGCCGCGUCCGCAGAACGGCGAAAAACAACCGACCAUAAUCAGAUUGGUGGCGACGUUCACAUGCAAACAAUGUAACAAGAACUUCACGUCCAAGUCGUCACUGUCCGCGCACACAAGCAACAACUGUUCGGCCGCGAUGGCAAACACAAAUUUUGACACGACACAAAAACCAAUUGUAAACAAAAAUCUACAAUGUCCGGAUUGUAACAAGAAAUUCGUCUCGAUAACCACUUUGGAGAACCACAAGCGAGUACACACUGGGAAGAAGCCGUUCGAGUGCGACUUGUGCACCAAAUUUUUCCAGACCAAGGAGAACUUGAUGAAGCACAAGCUCUUGCAUAAAAGUAACACCAAGAUGCAGACGACGUGUAAACAAACUGUUGCCAGGGACAAGUUUUUCCGGUGCAUUUACUGCGGGAAAUCGUUCCAUACGUACAUCGCGAUGUUGAACCACAUGCGCGUGCACACCCGUGAAAAGCCUUUUAAAUGUUCUGUGUGCGACAAAUCGUUCCGGACCAAGUCCAAUAUAACUGAACACUUAAGGGGCCGUCACAACAUCUACUCGGCGGUUUAUAACGACCCGGACGAUGUGCAAGUGUUUACGUUCAAAACCCAAGCCGCUUAUCACAAAGAGUAAUUAAAUAACAUUAGCCUAUUAUUAGUCGUUAGUCGGCCAAUAAUUUCACUAAGAUCACGAAACAUUCCGAUGACACUUCGUGUGCGCGUGUAUACAAAAUAAUAUUUUAUUAUUUUUAAUAAAUUAUUAUUAUUAAAUAGGAUUCAUAGUUUCAUAAUCAAUUUCAUAACAGUACCAUC